CUUGCUCUUCAUUCGGCAACAAGAAAUCUCACCCAAGAAAGAGAUUUUUCUGGUGGGGUUUUGUUUCUGGGUACUCCGCCGUCGCUAAAUCUAUGGCCUCUUCAAUGCUCAACAGAGCUGACAACCUCACCCACUUCAGAGGCGUAACCCCAACUGGGUUGGGUUUCUUGGGAUCAGACUUUCAUGGAAAACGCAUUUCCAAAAUGGGUCUGGUCUCCAGUUUGAGUGUAUCCAGGAAUGGAACAAUUGUAGCGCCAAAGUGCAGCUUGUCAGCUUCAAGGCCGGUUUCACAGCCGAGAUUCAUACAGCACAAGAAGGAGGCCUUUUGGUUUUACAGAUUCCUCUCAAUUGUGUAUGAUCAUGUGAUAAACCCUGGUCAUUGGACAGAGGAUAUGAGAGAUGAGGCUCUUGAGCCUGCUGAUCUCAGUGACAGGAACAUGAUCGUUGUGGAUGUGGGUGGUGGUACUGGUUUUACCACUCUCGGUAUAGUUAAACAUGUGGAUGCCAAGAAUGUUACUAUUCUUGAUCAGUCCCCACAUCAGCUUGCCAAGGCUAAGCAAAAGGAGCCCUUGAAGGAGUGCAAGAUUAUUGAAGGUGAUGCUGAGGAUCUCCCAUUUCCAACUGAUUAUGCAGACAGAUAUAUAUCUGCUGGGAGCAUUGAGUACUGGCCAGACCCACAACGGGGCAUCAAAGAAGCAUACAGGGUUUUGAAACUUGGAGGGAAAGCUUGCCUGAUUGGUCCUGUGUAUCCAACAUUUUGGCUGUCUCGCUUCUUUGCUGAUGUUUGGAUGCUCUUCCCAAAGGAGGAAGAGUACAUAGAGUGGUUCCAAAAAGCUGGAUUUAAGGAUGUCCAGCUAAAAAGGAUUGGACCCAAAUGGUAUCGUGGUGUACGUUGCCAUGGUUUAAUCAUGGGGUGUUCUGUGACAGGUGUUAAACCUGCAUCUGGGGAUUCUCCGUUACAGCUUGGUCCAAAGGCAGAGGAUGUAACCAAGCCUGUAAAUCUAUUCUCAUUUCUUACGCGUUUCAUAUUAGGUUGCAUGGCAGCUACCUAUUAUGUACUGGUUCCUAUCUACAUGUGGCUCAAAGAUCAAAUUGUACCUAAAGGGCAACCAAUCUAAGAGGGCAAUGAAGUUUCUAUUUCUUCCUUUCUGUUCGUUUCUUGGUGUGCUGUUGGACAAGUUUUAACUUAAUAAUGACAGUCAUGCAUUCCGAGACAGUAGAAUUAUAUACAAUAUUUGAACUAGCAAUUGCAUGCCAUUUUUAUUUCUGUCAGCUAUUUGAAUU